GGCCUCCAGAGAGGACACGCCCUCCUAACAUUGCGUCAGCUUUAAUAUAUUAACCCGGCUCACGUCCCCAAAAGAGCUAUAUUCUUAAAGCUGGACAAAGCUGGACAAGGCGUACCACUGCAGCAGCAGCUUAACACCUACAUCCUGGAAGACAUUGAUGAAGUUGUGAAUUAAAGCUGCUGGAGCUCUAAAAGUAAACGACGAACAAAGAGAGUAACACGACCGACCUCAAACUCAAGUUAUCUGCCUUUUUCAAGUCAUUUCAACGAAGCAAAAAACUUUCAAGAUGACUGACUUCUGAGAGUAACCACCGGGAGACCACGAGGAAAUUCUUCCAUCGCCGUCAACUUUGACAAAAGAAGCAAAGAAGAAGAAUAAGAAGAACGAAUAUUUCCCUCACAGCAGCGAAGCCAUGGACACAGGAAAGAAAAUAACGCUUCCGUUGAUGAUGACUGUUGGAGCAGCUGUGAUCGGCUCCCUGCAGUUUGGUUACAACACCGGUGUCAUCAAUGCCCCUCAAAAGAUCAUUGAGAAGUUCAUCAAUGAGACGUGGACUGAGCGCUACGAGGAGCCCAUCACCAAGAACUCCCUCACGGCCAUCUGGUCCAUCGCUGUCUCCAUCUUCUCUGUUGGUGGCAUCUUUGGCUCCUUCUCCGUCGGGCUCUUUGUCAACCGCUUUGGAAGGAGGAACUCUAUGCUCAUGGUCAACGUCCUGGCCUUCAUCGCAGCCAUUCUGAUGGGCUUUUCGAAGAUGGCGAGCUCCUGGGAAAUGCUGAUCGUUGGUCGUUUUGUGGUGGGCCUCUACUCCGGCCUCUCCACAGGCUUUGUGCCCAUGUAUGUGGGUGAGGUUUCCCCAACAUCCCUACGAGGAGCCCUGGGCACCCUCCACCAACUGGGCAUUGUUGUCGGCAUCCUCAUUGCACAGGUCUUUGGAAUGGACUCAAUCAUGGGCACCGACGACUUGUGGCCGCUCCUCUUGGGCUUCAUCUUUGUCCCUGCCCUGAUACAGUGCAUCCUGCUGCCUCUCUGCCCAGAGAGCCCCCGUUUCCUGCUCAUCAACAAGAACGAAGAGAACAAGGCCAAGGCUGUGUUGAAGAAGCUCAGAGGCACCACAGACGUGAGUGCUGACAUGCAAGAGAUGAAGGAGGAGGGCCGGCAGAUGAUGAGGGAGAAGAAGGUGACCAUCCCGGAGCUGUUCCGUUCGCCCCUCUACCGCCAGCCCCUCCUUGUUGCUGUCAUCCUGCAGCUCUCCCAGCAGCUGUCUGGCAUCAACGCUAUUUUCUACUACUCCACUCGUAUCUUUGAAAAAGCCGGAGUUGAGCAGCCUGUCUAUGCCACCAUUGGAGCCGGUGUGGUCAACACAGCUUUCACUGUGGUGUCGCUGUUUGUUGUAGAACGUGCAGGACGUAGGUCUCUGCACCUGCUGGGGCUGCUGGGAAUGGCCGGAUCUGCCAUCUUAAUGACUAUUGCCUUGGCUCUGCUGGACCAGCUCAAAUGGAUGUCAUAUUUGAGCAUCGUGGCCAUUUUUGCCUUUGUCGCAUUCUUUGAGAUCGGACCGGGUCCCAUCCCCUGGUUUAUUGUGGCAGAGUUGUUCCCGCAGGGACCCAGGCCUUCUGCCAUUGCUGUAGCUGGUUUCACCAACUGGACUGCCAACUUCAUAGUGGGAAUGGGAUUCCAGUAUGUAGAGGAGCUGUGCGGUCCCUACGUGUUUGUAAUCUUCACUGUGCUGCUGCUCUCGUUCUUCGUCUUCACCUACUUCAAGGUGCCGGAGACCAAGGGCCGGACGUUUGACGAGAUCUCGGCCGGCUUCCGCCAGUCGUCUGCCUCCGGAGGAGAAAAGCACUCGCCGGAGGAGCUCAACAGCCUGGGAGCUGAUUCUCAGCUCUGAGUGACUGUUUUUAACUUCUAACAAACUCGUCAGACCGAGGAGGAACAAGAAGAGUCUGCUAACUAGAAGUAGACACAUCCAUUUGUAGAAUAAUUUUCACACUGUCACCACAUUUCGGGCGCCAUUACAAAACACAGAACAGCCCCGUGUGAUUCUCCAACAUGACGUCUUCCGCUGCCCCUCUCAUGUCACACAAGCCAACAAUAACUCGAUGGGCACUAUGUCGCCUGGCAGAUAUGCAGAGGGGAGUUGAUGAUAGAUGGGGAAGGUUUUUAAUGUUUUCAAGAUAUUUUGAAGAAUGAAAAGGAGUGUCUGCAUCAAUCAACCAACCUUUUUAAAACUUUUUUUCACUGAAUAUGUUACUGAUUUGUGCUUAUGCUCUGUUCUUUGUAGCCUGUUACAAUGCAGUCAGUUUGUUAUUAUCUGGUUUUAGAGUGCUGUAGCUGUAGAGAUCACUUAACUGUGCAAAAUACUUGUUUUUAUCAAUCAUACUGUAAAGCUGUAUCACUGUAGACUCUAGCACUGUAGAUUCUGUGCAGCUCUACUUUGUCUCUCCCCACCAGAUGGUGCACUGCCCUUUUUUAAAAAAAGUGUCAGUGCUGCACUUAUAUGGAAUAAGUUAUUUGUAAUUUACUGAGUACACAAAUAUGUUGGUGUAUUGCUGUGAGGAUUUAAAUUUUCUUAAUGAAAUAUAUUAACUGUAAUGGUAAUGCUCCACAUAUACAUUGUUGUUACUUAUUUGCUCCUGUCGGACAAUAUUUUACUCUUUUUAUUGUUAGACAAAAAAACUUUACUUACUGAAAAUGUCAUGUUUUAUAAGAUUUAUGGUCAUGAAGACAAAACAGACAACACAAAGAAAUAAAUUCACCAUUCACAUAUUUUUACAUCAUUCCUUUUUAGCAGUACAUUUGAUGAAAUUAAUGUGCAAGAGGAACAGUAUCUGCACAGAUACCAGAGCACUAAACUUUACAGUGAAGUUGAAUAAAUAAAUUCAUCCAUCCAUUUUACCCUGACAUGGGAUAAAUACGCACUCAAAAUCAGCAGCCCCAAAACCAAAAAUCUGUCUCACAAAACCAGAACAUUUGUGAGUUUUAAGUGCCCAUCUAAAAAAAAAAUCAAGCUUCCUCUGCCUUUCAGCCUUAUCACUUUGGAGCAGUUUCAGGUCAGAUCGGCCUGUUCCAGACUGAAAGCUUCUGUCAGUGGACGAAGAUCGUCCACUUUAAGUAUUUUUGAGCUGAGAUGACCUGUGGAGCUUCCACAGUCUGGUGAAUUGGCUUGAGAGCGGUCUGGAUCUUUUCACACAAACGGGAGCUGCAGUGCUGCAUGCUGUUCCUCUGUGACAACUACGAAGCAUCUUCAGAAAGAAAAUACAUAGACAGAAAAAAAAAAAAAUAAUGGGGACCAAAAUGAAUGUCAGCCUUUUGGAAGGUUUUCAUUAUUCUGAAAUUGCUCGUUACCCGUCUUGUGUCAAACUCCCAGUGUUCCUUGCACUCCAUAAUGUUUAUUAUGUGUUCUAGGAGGCGGACACAUAUUGCUAUGGUGCAAGGGUUGUUUUGUGCCUUGUGCACUGAAUUCUGCAGUAUUGUUAGCUCCCCUCUCUUUUGGUUGUGUACUGUAUAAAGUAGCUGGUGGGGGGGAAAAAACAAUGUAGUCUGGCUCACUUUGCCUAGCUGUACAAGUUGCUGUCUGACUGCUGUGUCACUUGUUGAACCUUUCUUCUCUUUAAAUGCAUUGUUUUAUGGAAAGUUAUCUUUUUAGCAGCACUUUAUUAUUCACAGCAAUAUUUCUGUGUUACGGAAACAAACACUUUGAGGUUUUGUCGUUUUUUUUUACUCAGUGUGAAAUCUUUGUUACUGAAGAUACUGAAUUACUGCUGAUGGAUUACUUGAUGUUUUUGAAAUGGAAAUGUGUGGAAUUGUAUCAUUUGUUCAUAUCUAUUAUGGUCUUGUAUGGAGCACAUUUAGGCGUGUACACACACAGGCCAGUUGUGAGUAAAUAUGGUAAUAUUCAUAGUCUAAAAAGGACUUUGAUCCAAAUCCAACCCAGUAGUCAAAGUCCAGUUUAACCAUUCCAUAAUUUUAAUAAUAAUACAUUUUAUUUAUACAACACUUUUCAAAGUCAAAGUUACAAAAUGCUUUACAUGGUUAAAUCGGGGUUAAAACAUGUCAGGACUAAGGCAAAUACAAUCAGGCAUUUAAAAUACAGCAAUAGGGGUCAUGGGGGAGCAGCAAUUCAGCAAUGUAGUCGGGAGCUGAACCAUGAAGUCCUUUUAAAGGUGAUAAGUUAAAUCUUUUAAUCAAUUCUAAAACGAACUGGUAACCAAUGAAGAGAAGCUAAAACAUGAUCUGAUAUGGCUGCUAGUGCUUGUUAAAAGCAGAGCAGCUGUGUGAUGUUCUCAAGAUCAGGUCGAGAGAGAAAAGACCUGAUCUUUGAGAUGCUCCUUAAUUGAUAAAAACAUGAUCGAACAACAUUUGUAAUUUUUUUCAAAUGAAAGUUCACUGUCAAAUAUCACACCCAGGUUUCUGGCUGCAGGUUUGACAUUUGAAGAUAGGGAUCCAAGAUUAAUUGGUUGUUAAUUAUUGUAUAUAGCGGAUCUUUAUAGUGUAUCUUUUGUCAUUUGAUGGGUCACCUCACUGUAACAUCCACUCUGUGCCUUUGUGUGGCUUUCACAUAUCCUCACCAGCAAAAUCAUGUAAUGGCACCAAAAGAUACAGUUCCCCACACCGACUGCCUAUUGCAAAUAUCAAAACUGUAUUUUAUGUACAUAGAUACACAAUUCUACUUGGGCAUUUAAUUUGUAAUGUGGCCUGGAGCUUUUGAAAUCUCCUUAUGGCACAAUUUGGUGGUCUAAGCACACAACUUGAUGUAAAUAUGAAACACACUACAGCCUCACCCGCUCCAAAUGUAUAAAAUAUUUAACUUUUAAAAACUUUUUUGAUAGAUAAAUGAAUGAUUAGUGCUGUACAUCUCUAUGCAUUUAGCUUACAUACUUCUGUUCCCUUUUGAUUAUAAAUCUGAAGAAAUGCUGUGGUCUAAAAAUACCAUAGAAAUUUUAAUUCAGAUUUGACAUGUACGGUUUGUGUUAAUGAGAUGCUUUCAGUAGUGUUUUCAUUUUAGUGCACAGAGCAUAUUCUAACGUUUGUAAAAAUAAAAGAUCUGUGUGUAUGGUGUUGGAAUGUGAACCUCUCAUGGGGAAAUAUGAAUUGCGAUAGAUGGUGCCCCAAAUGAUUCUACAGUCUUGUAUAAAUGGUUUAAUGGCGGAAUAAAAGAAAUCAUGCAUACAGA